CGCUACAUACCAAAAUGGCUCGGAAUAUUGGCCUGGUUGUCUGCAGCCAGCGCAAUCCACGCGUUGGUCCUCAGAUCGCAGAUUUCGUGCGCGAGACGAUCAAACGGGCAUUUCCCACCACGGGUCUUUCACUGAUUGAUCUUGCCGUGUGGAACCUCCCCCUGUGCGACGAGCCAGGAAUUCCUUCGCAGAUCAAAUUACCCGAUGAAUACACCCACGCGCAUAGCAGGGCCUGGUCGCGAGAAAUCACGGCACACGAUGCCUUCAUUUUUGUUACUCCACAAUAUAACUGGGGAUAUCCAGCUAGCAUCAAGAACGCGCUGGACUAUCUUUAUCACGAGUGGAAGGGAAAGCCCGCUCUGAUAAUCAGCUAUGGAGGUCAUGGUGGGGGGAAGGCGGCGGAGCAGCUGCGUCAGGUUCUACAGGGCUUGCGUAUGACACCGGUCGAGAGAACUGUCCCCCUGACCUUUCCGGACAAGGAUGUUCUGCUUCGGGGGGCUUCGGGUGAGGAUCUGGGUUUGACAGACGAGGGCGGCUUUUGGUCCGCUCAGAAAGAGGAGAUUGUGCUGGCUUUUGGUGAGCUGCAGAGGAUGCUAGAGAAUUUCUAG